CAAAAUUCAAACUCCUUGCCGUUUAAUCGUUUUUUCCUCCAUUUCCGAAAAACUAGUUAAUACAUAGACAAUUAGAUAGUGUUAAAAACUAUUUACAUUGUGUUAACCACACACGUGUUAGUCUUAUAUGUAUACAUGAUACGUGCACAAACACAUAUAUUAUCGUUUGUAUCUAGUAUGCUGAUAAUAAUUUGGGAAAGUAAUCAAUCAGUGGUUGUAAUUCGCUGAAUUUCUCAGUUCACGUUUUAAAACAUCUUAUCACGAUUUUCUUGGGACACAAGCAACUAUGUCCAUUCAUUUCACAAAACUAUUUAUGUUAUUUGUUUUCCUGUUUUUCUCUUUCAUAAGUACAAAUCUAAUCUGAAAAGAUCCAUUGGGAUCAUUAUUAUCCAUGAAAAAUCUCUGUGAUACAGAAUUAAAGCCCCUAUUUAAAGUAACAAAUAUUUAAAACUUUUCUUCUGUGAUCCAAUCAAUUGUUUCAGAGAAAUGGAGUUCGAAAACCGGUACGGGCUUUCAGCGACGCAGAAGUACGACUGUCUCUUGUUCGAUUUGGACGACACUCUUUAUCCUCUUAGCACCGGACUCGCCAGAGAAUGUGGGAAGAACAUCAAAGAUUAUAUGGUCGAGAAACUAGGUAUACCGAAGGACAAAAUCGUUGAAUUGUCUAAUCUUCUCUACAAGAACUAUGGAACAACAAUGGCGGGUCUUAGAGCGAUAGGAUAUGACUUUGACUACGACGAAUAUCACUCUUUCGUCCACGGUCGUUUACCGUACGACAACAUAAAACCUGACCCUGUUCUCCGAAGUAUCUUGCUUAGCCUUCCUCUCCGCAAAGUCAUAUUUACCAACGCGGAUAGAGUUCACGCGGCCAAGGCGUUGAAGAAGUUGGGAUUAGAGGAUUGUUUCGAAGGGAUCAUAUGUUUCGAAACGCUUAACCCGACGCACACAAACGCUGCUUCUGAGAUAUUUGAUAUCGUUGGACAUUUCGACCUGUCUGAGCCGGUCGGUUCACUCCCUAAAACGCCUAUUGUGUGUAAACCUUGUGAGUCCGCUAUUGAGAAAGCCCUCGAGAUCGCCAAUAUUGAUCCUAACCGAACGCUGUUCUUUGAGGACAGUGUUCGAAAUGUACAAGCUGGAAAACGCGUUGGUCUUCACACGGUUCUGGUUGGUUCACCAAACAAAGUCAAAGGAGCUGAUUACGCCUUGGAAAACAUUCACAACAUGAAGGAGGCAUUACCAGAGUUAUGGGAGUCCGACAGAAAAUCAUCGGAUGUUGGAUAUUCCGGCAAGGUCGCCGUUGAGACGUCUGUUAGAGCUUAGAAUUGUUUUAUCGUUGCAUGUACCUAAUUUUCCUCCACUGUCAUUUUCAAUUUUUUUUUUUCAAAUGACCUAUGUCAUUU